UUCCUAUUCCUAUUCCAAUUCUGUCGAACCUGCUGCCCCAUUGACUAAGAAGGGGGCGGAGGCAGAUUCCUUUUUCAAAUCCUCAAAUAAUCGAUUCCAAACGAAGCAAAGCCUCUCUACCUCACUCCUCGUCCUCUUUCUCUCUCUACAAAAUCCCUAGCCUGUCUACCUCCACUCCUCCUCUAUACAUUAGCAUCAGAGGUGAGGGUUGUUGUGAGCAUGCCGUUGUCAUCGUUAAUGGAUAAUUGGAAAACUGCACCGAGAAGAUCAGCACGUAUUGCUGAGCGUGCCGGCACGAGUCGCAAUGGCUCUGGCUUAACUACUACUACUGAUGGCCACGCGAACCCUCCUCCUAAGCUAAAAGAGAUGCAGAUGGCUGGAGUUGAUCAUGACUCCAAUAAUUUAAGGGUUGUUGCUUGUUCAAGUAGAAGAAAGAUGAAAAGCAGCACCCCACCAUUUUUUCCGGAAGAGAUCAUAUUCAACAUCCUGCUUUGCUUACCUGCUGAGGUUCUUUACAACGUGAUGAGGUAUGUUUGCCGAGAGUGGUAUAAUGUGAUCAAUGCCCCUGGUUUCAUAAACUCACACCUUCAAAAAUUAACUGAUGAUAGCCUCAUAAUCCGAAGUUGCAAAAGUGCAAAUGCAUGGUUUGUGGCGAUACACAAUUGUAAUACUCAGAUAAGACGGUUAAGAUCUGAGUUUUGUGGCGGGUUUCCUAGGCGCGUGCUUUGUAGUUGUGAUGGUUUACUUUUCUUGUCCUGUGAUGAUCGCAAAAACCUCUAUGUUGGAAAUCCUAUUACGAAGCAACUACUGACCCUCCCUCCAGUAUCUACUAUGUAUCGUAUGUUUGGUUCUCCUCAGUUUACUUAUGCUCGCUCUACCGGGAGAUACAAAGCACACCUUCCUGUCAUUGAAAAUGUCCAGAGUGAUUUUCUUAACUGGUUAAUAUUUACUGUGGGUACCGAUAGUGCUUGGAGAUCGAUUGAGACUAAACAUGUGCCGGAUUUUUUUGCGUAUACUAAGUCGUUUUCUACCGGAGGGUAUAUUUAUUAUACUAGCCCCGUAGAGCCUCAUCUUUUGGCUUUGGAUGCUGAUGCUGAAAUAUUUCACCAGUAUACUGUUCCAAAUGUCUUCCGUGAGGCAAUUAGAACAAAUUUCUUCGAAAUGUCAACUAGAUUUAAUUAUAUAGUGUGGAAAAGCUUUCUAGCUUUUGUGGCUCAUUCUGCUGAAUUUGUUUGGGAGCUUUGGGCUUUGACGGAAUUGAAUACAGGGGAGUGGACCAGGUGUUUUAUCAUUGACUUGAGUGGUCAUAUAGGUUUGAUCGAGCCGUUAUUUGAUUACCGGAAUGCUGUAUGUCUUAAGGAUGAAUAUUAUGAAUUACCUCUGGAUCUUCGUUUUAUUCCUGUUACCUCCUUAAAAAAAGGAGAGCUGGUGAUCUUCCGUGGUGUAAUACCAUUUGAAAAUUACCUUGUUUACAACGUCAAGACAGGAGAUGUUUCUUCAUUUGUGAUAGGUGAUUGCUACGGCUCAAGCAUCUUCGAACGCCAUGUCAACAGCUUGGUUUCAUGGAAAGUCUCUUAGUUCCUUUGUUUUUUGAUCUCCACAUACAUCCAAGGGUCCUAUUUUGCUCACCGGUGAAGUGCCUCUUGUCAAUUUCUUUUUUCCAAAUGUGUUUUGAGUACUAGUACUGUCCUAAGGAGUAUUCUAAUAUAUAGUCAUGACUACUUAUUUUUUCUUUUUCUGAUCACUGAGUUGUUCUGUCAUUAGAAACUAUAUCUCUAUUUUCAUAAAUCAUAGCAAGAUUCUGUUUUAUAAUAGAACCAUUGGUUUCUGGAUUA